UAAGUGCUCUGCUCUUUAGUCCCGCAUUUGCCGGGAUCAGUUUGUCGCCAGCCGUUGGUUACCUUACUCUACCAACGCUGCUUUAGGGCCUGUACCUGCUUUGACCAGGUCCAGUGCUUCUUAACCCAUUGACUCAGCAUUUGGCCGGAGCCAAGACCCAAAGAUGUCGCUGGCGGCAAUCUGGACACAGUUCUUCCCCCCGCGCAACGGCGCACCUGUCACCGAGGCCAAUCUCCCGAGCCAGGCCGGGAAGGUGUUCAUCGUGACGGGUGGCUCGUCGGGCCUGGGAUACGAACUCGCACGCAUCCUUUACGGCGCCGGUGGGAAGGUCUACAUCCUCACCCGCUCGAAACAGCAUGUCGACGAUGCAAUUUCACGCAUAAGAGCCUUCUAUGAAGGACGUAGCGACACGGCAAGACGGAGCGGCAGUCUGCAUUUCAUCUUUAUGGACCUGAUGGAUUUGGCCACCGUGAAGGCCGCUGCCCAGGAGUUCCUCGACCGUGAAUCAGGCCCGGCCGCGAGACUCGACAUCCUGUUCAACAAUGCAGGUACAGGCGCGCUCAACAAGGCGCCUCCAACACGCCAGGGCCACGAGUACCACUUCGGCGUCAACUCGCUCGGGGGCUUUCUUCUAGCGCGCCUGCUGACCCCGAUUCUCUCCCAGACGGCACGCCAGGCUCCCGACGGCUGCGUCCGCGUCGUGUGGCCCGCCUCGUGCCUUGUUGAUCUAAUGACGCCCAAGGGCGGCAUCCGCAGCGAGUUCCUGCGUGACCCGGGGACCGUAACCGACGCAAAUGAGCUGUAUAGCUCAUCCAAGGCGGCCAACUGGUUUGUGGCCACCGAAUUUGCCCGGCGCCAGCCCGAAGGGGAAGGGGUGCUACACAUUGCCGGCAACCCGGGGAACUACCGUAGCAACAUCUGGCGUCACACGCCUGCCCUGCUCUACUGGGCGCUUCGCCCCAUCCUCCGUGAUCCGGUCCACGGCGCCGAGACGUACUUGUUCAUGGCCUUCUCCGAGUCAGUUACGCUGAGCGACGCCGUCGCGGGGCGCUAUGUGAUCUGUGACGGCAGAUGGCAUCCCGGGCAGCGGCAGGAUCUGCUUCUGGCGCUGCGUGGCUUGAAUGAGGGCGGAUCGGGAAGGGCGAGUGAGUACUUUGAUUGGUGCGAGGAUAAAGUGCGCGAUUUCGUCAGGUGAGGUGAGAUUCUUUUCAAGCGAUAAUGUCAAAUUUCAACCUAGUUGAUACAUGCUAUUUCGUGCUCUCCUCACCUCCCCGACCGCUCGCCGGCCAUCUCAAAGCAGCUCUGCUCCAGCUGGUGUUCCACAUAGAUACCUCUCUCGCCUGGGUCAGGCCGCCCCUUGUUGGCAGUGACAGGCAAGUUGAGCAAGCC